CGUCAUCCUGCUGUACUUAGUUUUGCCUAAAGUAAGCCAACCAAGAACACAUCACACAGUGUUUGUACUGCAAGUGAGCCAGCAGCAGCAGCGACAGCCCUCGGCCAGCCAGGCUCUACUAAUCGUAAUCAACACGAAGCAGGGGGCCAGGAAAGCUGUGAGCUUCUUUUGGAUUUUUUCAAAGCCGUGCAGCACUCAAAGAUCAGGUUUCACUUUACAAAGAACUGGAUGUGGAAAAUCUCAAAAGGGUAAAAAAAAAAAAAAAAAAAGACUACAUGAGAACAAGAGCACCAUCCUUUGGCAGUCUGAGCCUAUUCCAGACAUUUUCCAGCAAGACUGAAAAACAAGUUUGGUUUUGUGUUGCAACUUUCAGCCAGCCCCUCCACAGGGUGGUACACCCGAAACAAGUGCAUCAGCCCAGAGCUCUGACAAAUAAUGAAUUUUCCUAAAGGGAGAUAGUCAGAGGUAAUGCAAUAGAAGAUUAACAUUGAUUAUGGACCAUGAAAGGGAUAAAAUGACAGCAACUUCAACUUGUACACAUCAUUUCCAGCAUGAACUUUGAAGCUUACCUCUGAACAUUGAAAACUUGACUGACAAGACAUCAACUUCAGAGGUCAACCAGUGCCCUGAGUUUGAAGCAGCAACAGGCAGGCCGCUAUGUGGAGCUGUGUGGUUUCGAACGAGACUGAUGACACUUCAAAUCUGCAGCUUUGCCAAAACUUAAGCCUCAUCUUGUCCAUCUUCACCCUCAUCUACCUCAUUGUCUGCUUCCCAAUAGGCCUAUGCUACAAUGCACUUUUACUGGUGGUAAAUCUUUAUAACAAGGUUUCAAUGACUAUGCCAGAUGUUUACUUUGUAAACAUUGCUAUAGCUGGACUUGUCCUCAACAUCAUUGCACCAAUACAGCUUCUCGGACCUGCGUAUACUCAGUGGGCUGUCUGGGAUUUCAACAAUGAAGUUUACAUCACACUGCUCAUUCUCUUCAAUAUUUCCUCUUUGGUGAUUAUGUACUCCACUACCCUGCUAAGCCUGGACUAUUACAUAGAGUGUGCUUUACCAAGAACUUACAUGUCUAGUGUCUACAACACCAAGCACGUCUGUGGAUUUAUAUGGGGAGGAGCAGUACUGACUAGCUUUUCUUCACUGCUCUUUUAUGUCUGCAAUCACGUCUCCACUAAAAUCAUUGAAUGUUCCAAAAUGCAAAAUAAAGAGGCAGCUGAUGCAAUCAUGGUGUUCAUUGGAUAUGUGGUGCCAGCCAUAGCGGUUUUUUAUGCUUUUGUACUGAUCCUGCGGAUUAGGAAAGAAUCUACACCACUUGAUCAGGAGUCAGGUCGACUGGAUCCCUCUGUGCAUCGGUUAUUGCUUGCAUCUGUUAGCAUUCAGUUUGUUUUAUGGACACCCUAUUAUGCAAUUCUUCUGGUGCACACCUUUUAUGGGAUGCAAGGAAAACACUUUUAUGGACAGCACGCAAAGACAUACUAUUUUCUUAAAGAUUUAUCUGAAUUGCUUGCAUUCUCAAGCAGCUUUGCAAUGCCUUUAAUGUAUCGUCAUAUGAAUAGAAACUUUUCCCAAAAACUAAGCAGGCUCCUGAAAAAGCUGCACGGUGGUAGUAACCAAGGUUGCUCCCAUGAACGAUCUGUAGUGCAACAGGUAGUUACUUGAUGAAAAACAGGAAGGAACCUCUCUUGCUGCAUGAAACUGAAUGCUUUACUAUUUUAUGAUCAAUUAAUUAAUAUCAAACAUGAGGAAAAAUGAAGCACUUGUUCAUUAAGAAAAAUGUAAUUGCAUCUAUGCACACACAGUAACUGGUUGCCCUUGUCUCUGUACUGCAUGGCAUUUGCCUAGAUAAUACCAUGAUGACAAAGUACCACUAAAUCAAGAAAGUAAGAAAAAAAAAACAAAGAACGCUGCCUUAGUUUCGAAACAAGUAAGCUCUAAUUGCUUGAACAAUGUUUUUGUUAAGCUUGAUUUGUAGGCCAUACUACUUGCACCUUCCAGUGUUUUAGAGGUUUGUUUUUUUUAUCAUUGAAGAGGAAAAUACAAAGUUGUUGUGGCUGAGCUAAAGAUAAUACCUGACAAAAGCACAGAAGACCAAAACACAGCAGCCAGGAGAGAGCAAUGGUUUAGUUCUGCCUCCAUAAACUAAAUUGCUGUUUUAAUGAACUGUGGCUUUUGUUCUUUUCAUUUUUAAAGCUAGGCUUGAAAAAACUACCUUUGCAAUACAGUGACACCUGUGAAGAUCACUAAGCUAAUUUUAGUUUUAAAUUUUAGUUAUGAAGUUUAUUUCAAUCCUACAUGUAUUGAUUUUCUGUGUAACAUGAAGAAAAAACUAUGGUCAUUUUUUAGGAGAGAGAGGGUGGCUGUUAAAGAAAAAAACAUUUUCUUAAUGUCUUUGCAUUUAUAUAGCGCUUUUCUCACUAUUCAGAGUGCUCAGCAAUUGCAGGUUAAGGGCCUUUCUCAACAGAGCAGAGUCCCUUUUGGCAUUUAUGGGAUUCGAACCAGCAACCUUCUGAUUGCCAGUGCAGAUCCAUAGCCUCAGAGAAAACUUGUUUUCUUACCUUUUUGGUUAAAAAAAAAAAAAAAAACUUCUUUUGAGACAUCAACUCUAAAUGGGCCUUUUGUCAUUGAGCAUACGUAUGACUGAACUCAAACAUGGAGGGACAUUACAUGUACUGCUAACUCAUUGAGAGGUUAUUGCACCAUAGCUGUCCAUGUAAACUAUGUAAGAAGCAGUGUCCAGUGCGGAAUGUUUGUAACAUAUGGAUGGAAUUGGAAAAUUGGGGCAUAGGAACUGAAACAGUAUGUUAAUGGUCCUGUAAUGUCAAGCUGAAACUCAAGAACAGUUGACUCUUGAUUAACCAGUAUAAUAAAUAGGGUUGUAUAAUAUGGGCAAAAUUUCAUAUUACUAUUGCAGUAUGGUGUUAAAAAGAACUAGGGUGAUGACAGAGCACUAUGAAAUUCUUACUAGCAUGUCCAAACAAAAUAUAUCUGAAUACAAGCAUUUCUAGAAGGAAAUCUAAGUAAGUUUUUAAAAAUAUUCAUAGUCACUUUUCUCAUCUAUGCAGAGUACAGUGAAAUUCUUAACUUGCUUGUGCUAAUCAAUUGUAACUUGUCGCCACUCUCCAGCACCAUGAAUAAUGAAUAUUACUUCCUUACCUCAAAAACUUGUUUUCUUGCCUGAAAAUUCUCAAAACAUAUUUGUCAUUAACAGACAAAAAGAAAGAAUUUUAUAUUAUCACAUCAAAGGAACGAAUAUUUUACCCUGAAGAUAAAAAUAACACGUAAUUUACAUUUAACUGAAUCAUUGAAAUAUUAAAAAAAAAAAAAAAAAGGUUAAUAAUGUAAAUUUUCCACAGCAGGGUCCAUAGUUUAAAAAAAUGUGAAGGGUUCAUUUUUCCAAAGUACUAAUUUGAAAGGAUAUAAUUAAAUAAUAUUAAGCUUGUAUGAAGAUAAACAAAUUCUUUAAAGUACUCUUUUUGGGUUUUUUUUUGGAUGGGGAUGAGGGUAAUUCUAUCUUUUAGCAGCUGUAAAAUAUUCAGCUUAUUUUUUUUUUCUUUUUAAAUAUCGUUUUUUUUUUCCUGGAAAAAUCAAGAGUUAACUGCAAAGCACAGCAACACAAAGCUGAGAGGGCCAAAAGGGUACUUUGAUCACUUCUGAUCUAUAUAUUUUAGUAAGCAGUAAUUAAGAAAUGGAACGUCCUCUUGUUUGUAUACAUUACAGAAUCCAAACUGCUUCUAAAGUAGUUUCCGCUACAGUAUUUGGAUUUUUGCUGCUGUGCACUUCAAAUGAAGACACUCUCACUUUUGAGACUAAUCUUUUUCUGUCUGCAUCUUCUUCCACUGCCAGCCCAAAGCCUUAACAGCAAAGGACAGUGAGCUUAUUGGGUGACACUUCAUGAAGCCAUCUCAUAUGUGCAUGUGUUCACAGAAAAACCACACAUUUGAGCCAACACAAUUUAAACACCGAUGUAUAAAAAUAAGGCAGCCCAAGACAGUACUGUAUGUUUGACAGCGGUGCCCUUCAAAGCCACGGAUUGUCAACACAGCCUACAAUUUAUUUAAUGUUAUGAAGUAUGCUGCAGCUUUCUAAUCUUUAUGAAUACAUGUGGUGGUGUUGCUACUGUACAAAUGUCUAUAUGAAUGUAUAUAUGUUUCUUUAUAUGUGUAUAUAUUGAAAACUAGAAAGACUGCCUACAUACAGUAUACAGUGUUAUUUUCACACAAACCUAUAUUUAGAUACUUCUGUGUUGAUUACAUAAGAUAAUGUAUUUUUAUUAAGUAGAUCAUAAACAAAUAAAACUAACAGUGAUAUUUAAGAUCA